AUGUCUAAAAACUCGCCUGUAAUAAGUCACUCGCAUGAAGAACUUAUGAACUUGGAAGAUGCACCUGACCUAAGUGUAUCUGAAUCCAAAACUCCUGAUACUUCAAAACCUGAAGUGGAAAAUAAUCUCGAAAGCUUCGCUGAAAAUCUAGGUCUUCAAUUUGCAAAAAAGGAAGACUUAAAGAAAUUUUAUGAUUUCGUUGGCCCUGACUUCAUUUGGCCAUCUAAAAUGACUGAAAAUGAUCAUCUUGAAAUUUUUGAAUUCAUUGUUGAUCCUGAAUGGGAAGAUGUUGCAACAGAAAUCGCAACAAAUGCUCUUGCAUAUCAUCGUUUAGUCGAAUCUGAAGCUUUUGAAGAUAAGCUGAAAGGAUCGUAUGUGCUAAUCGUUCAUAGAGAAGUAUUAAAGUAUUACGAAAAAGAUGUAUCAUCAGAAGACUACGAACAGCUUGAGAAAAAAUAUCCAGAGAAGUACUUCGCACCCAUCACUAGAAAGACUUUUUUAUUGCGCAGAUUCUCUGCCAUUGCCUCUGCAAUGAGAAAUGAGUAG